AAUAAACCUAAUCUCUACUCUCAACCUCUUCCACAUAUGUAAUCUAACGAAAUUCUUCCAGUCUAAUCAAGUAUUACAUUUGUCAGCUUUAGAUUUUCUAUAAACUCAUUGCCUGUUACCUUAAAUAUAGCACAUUGAAUUGUCUUUUGAGGAUGUCCACGAUCAACUCUAAAUAAGUAAGUUAUAACACUAAUUACGUAGUCGAGAGUGUGGAAACAUUCAAUUUUAAUGAAAUGGAUGCUGAGGAUGAUUAUUAUAAUCCAAUUUAAAAAUUACCCUUGAAGAAGCCAAGAAAGCGAAGAAGAAGACAAGCAUUCCACGAUAAGAGAAGAAAAAGAUCCAUCCAAAAGAAAUCUGUAACAAAUUUUAAUUAACUAUAUUUAGAAUAGGAAACCUCAACCUAUUCCAUUUAAUUAUUAAGAGGAUAGACAAAUUCUUCUCUAAGUCUUAGAAGUGGGGCCCAAAUUCUAUAAAAUCGCCAAAGGCUUUCAAGGGAGAACUUUGAGCAUGGUCAAGAACAGAUAUUAUAAGACCUUGCGCUUUCAAUGGGAUGUCAUUUUGGGACAGUAUCACAUCAUAAUAUGAUUUAUAGGGAAUAUGGAUAUAUGAACGCCUAGGUGAAUGACAUCUAAAAUUAACAAGGUCUUGAAUAUUUAGAAGAAGAUUAUGAUCAUAAUAUCUAUUCAUAAUUUUUAUUUUGA